AAUAAAGUGCAAACUCUGUCUCUUCAAACUGAAGGGAUGUAUUAAAACAAGAUUGUAUUAUCAUGAUGGUGCCUUUCUGAAACACAUUGAUAAAACAAAAUCCAAAAUGACUACAAGGACGAAGAAAUCAACAGCAGCGAAAACUACCAUAGCAUCUACGCUAUAUACAACCCUUAUCACAACAGCAUCAAUGACGUCAACAACAGGCCCAGCACUAAGUAGGAGCACAUUUAUCGAUGCAGAUAUUGAUGUAGUGAUUGUUACCAGUGCCGUGAUUAGUUUACUUUAUUAUUUUACCAAAUAUAGGGAAAAAAUAUUUACUUUUAGCCGAAAUCUGAGACGACGAACUUGGUAUUCUGGAUCACACUACACACAAGAAGGAGAUAAACCAGGUACCAGUGAUCUAUCAUCUUGAACAGAAGAAGAGUUGUUUUCGGAUGACACCCCGCUUACGAUGGAUUUGGU